AUGUGUUUGUUUCGGGUUUAUAGGUUGAUUUAUUGGGUUCUGGAUUCUGUAGAUACUGUUUUGACUGAUUUAAUUCAAAUAGAACUUAUGCAGGAUUAUGGGGAAAAUGACGAAGAAAAAUGUGAUCAAGUAGUUGUUCGAAAAAAAGACGGGAGUAUUGAACUAAAAUCUGACACCUGUGUAAAAGAUAAAGAUGAUGUGAAUGCAAAGUUUAUUGAUGUUGUUGAUGUAUAUGAACCCAAGAAUAACGAUCCUGCUCGUUUAUAUAGUAAAAACAUAGGCAAAGGAAAAGAUUCAGUUGCUAUCAAUGGUCAGAAUGUUGAUUUGUGUGAAAAAUUAGAGGAGGAAGUAGAGGAAAAUAUUAAAUGCAAAGGUUUUAAUGGUGGUUAUCAGACAAAUAGUGCUACUGUUUACAUGCAAUUAGAAAAUAUGGGAGGGCAGAAAUAUUGUGUUCAUAAACUCCAACUUAAAGAAAAUGUUGAAAACACAUCUAUCAUACAGGAUAUGGAAAUAGUUGGUGAAAAUAAAGAACAAGUUGCUGCUGAAAUCAUUACAGAUAUUGUCAGUGUUAUAGAUAGAAGUGUCACUAAUGACAAGGUUCUUGAUUUUGUUGAUGUAUGUGAACCCAAGGGCAAUAAUUCUGAUAGUUUACACAAUCAAAGUGUAGGUGAAGGCAAAGAUGCAGUUUUGGUCAAUCGUGUUGCUGGUAGUGUGAGUUAUAAGGUGGAUAAUCCUACUGUUUAUACACAAGUAGAAUCAAACGAAGGGGACAGAUAUUGUGGUGAUGAACCUCUACAUGGACAGAAUGUUGAGGAAACGAAUAUUGCUGGUAUACAGGAUAUGAAAAUAGGUUGUGAAAAUAAAGAACAAGUUGCUGAGAUCAUUGCAGAUGUUGUCAGUGUCCAAGGUCGAAAUUACAAGAGUGCAGAUGUGGUUGCAUCAGGUGUAAAUACGUACAAGAACAGUACUUACCAAUCAAAAAAAAAGAUUCAGGAAAAUAUUGGCAGUGGUGUAAAUAAAAAGAAUGUCAUUGGUGGAGAUAAAUUUGCGGACUACUACAAGGACAUAGAUUUUGCCAAGCUGGAUUGUAGUGACGAUGAUGUGAAAAUUACUUAUCCGGAAAUUGAAAUUGUCCCUGAUUUCAGCAGUUCUGACAGUGAAACAGUAAGUAUUGAAGUUCCAUGUUCCACUUUGAAUGGUAGUAAUGAAGAAACAACUUUUCCAUUAAAAAUUAAUUUUAGAAAUGACAAAACUGAAACACUGACAAAAGUAUUGGAGAAGUUCAUGAAAGUUGAUCUUGAAGAAAUAGAAACUCUAGCAUCGACAAAGGUGUGUCAAGUUGCUGAACAUACGCAGACCAUUAGGGAAGUCAGCUGUUGUGAACAAGUUUCAGUGAAAAAUGAUUCUGGUUUGGAGAUUGAUGAGGAUUUAGACAUUGUGAAUACUGAUAGUGAACAGGAAACAAUUGAAGCCGAGUCUAAAAAACUGCAGAAAAAAAGUCCUUACAAAAAACCGUAUAGAAUGUGCAUUUAUUGUUCUAUAAUGUCUUCAAAAUUGAGCAGACACAUUAAAAAAUGUCAUAAGGAAAAUGAGAGAGUGAAAAAUGCACUAAAGAUGACUAAGGUGAAGCAAAUUGAGGAAUGGAAAAAAAUUAAAAGGGAAGGAAUUUUAAUGUACAACAAGUUGCAAGCUACCACAGAAAAUCCUAUUUUCCAAGAAGAACGUCAAAGAAAGAAAUACUUGGAAUUGCAACGUUGUAAUUUAUGCUCUGCUUUUAUCUCUAAGCGUUUCUUUGCCAGCCACAAAAGAACGUGCAUGAGAAGACAAGAUGCUGUCCCAACAGGCUUGCCAUUGUCACUGGACUUCCUUCCAAUGUCACUCCAAAUGUCGGAUCAAUUCAAGGAAGUCAUUUUGGCCAAGCUUAGAGAUGAUCCCGUAGGAAAUAUAUGUCGCAAAGAUGAAAUGAUAUUACGAAUUGGAAUGAAGUUGUUUGCAAAGCUUGUAGUCAAAAAAGAAAAAGCAGCCACCGUGAAUAAAUCUGUUAGGGGUCAUAUGCGAGUGUUAGGUAGCCUGUACCAAUCUUUUAAGAGGAUGAAUGGCGUUUGUCAUGAUCAUGGUAAUUUGUUAGAUAUGUUUGUGCGAAAGAAUUUUACGUGUUUUACUGAUGCCAUUGACGCUGUUACUUUGAAUGUUGAUCGUAGUCUUAAGCCAGGACUACGCCAGAAUGUUUUUUACAUCAUCAACAAAAGUGUAAAAAUAUUGUAUGCUCAUCAAUAUAUGUUAGCUAACGAAGAGGAGGCCAGUGAAAUUGAAAAAUUUAUGGUAUGCUAUAAAGCCAACGAGGAUUGCAUGGUUUCCUCUGCACGAUACGAGCUUGAAAAAAAAAGGCUAGUUAAAAUAAGAAAACCAUGUCAGUUGCCUUUGGAAAGCAACAUUGAGAAAAUACAUCAACAUAUUCUCAAGAGAAUGGGUGAACUACUGUGUGUUUUUGAGUUAUGGACUGCUCACUCUUUUGUUGAACUGAGGAACUUAGUACUCACACGACUAACAUUAUUGAAUGGGCGCCGUGGUGGGGAAACAAGUCGCCUCCUAGUAAAAGAUUGGUUAGAAGCAGAAAGCGAUAAUUGGAUUGAUCAACAACGUCUUCAGAGUUUGAAUGAAGCUGACAAACUAUUAGUGAGUUCACUAAAAAUAACCUACAUGACGGGUAAAGGAAAUCAUCAUUUGGUGUCUGUUUUAUUUCCAAACGACACUACUUCUGCUAUGAAAAGGUUAGUUGAUCCAAAAUUUAGAUGCAAGGCUGGUAUCGACAAAAAUAAUGAUUUUGUGUUUGCCAGCACACAGCUGUCAUCUUUAAAUGUGUCUGGCUGGCAUGCAUUGAAAGAAGUCUGUAAGAAACUAGAACUUACCAAUGUGGAAAUUAUAAAUGCAACCACUAAUAGACACCGCGUCAGCACUUUAUAUGCUGCGUUGGACCUGCCACAACAGGAAAGACAACUGUUCUACGCCCAUAUGGGUCAUUCUGAAAGCAUGAAUAAAGAUAUUUAUCAAGACCCAUUAGCUUUAAUGGGAGUCACAAAGAUUGGAAAACAAUUAAUAAAUCUCCAUGCAAGCGAUAACGGUCAUAUUGAAGAAACUGAUAAAAGUUUAAAAACAUUUAAAGACAAAACUCAUACAGAAGACAAGAAAUUGGCAACUAACUAUGCAGUGACAAGUACUCCCGUAAGAACAUCAGCUAAAGCGACAAAGACAAAAAGAUCAGUGGGGAAAAGAGUGAUGAUGCUGUCGAACAGUUCAUCUGAUGAAGAAGCUAUUGAAUCAAAAAAUGUACCAGUUGAAGCUAGGAAGUAUCCUUUGCGUGGCAGAUCAAAAAAAGAAAAAAGUACGUUAAAAUUACUGAUGCCCAAAUUAGUGAUGAUUCAUGUGAUCCUACUUCCUAUGAAGAUAAAGAAGAGAAUGAGAGAUUGAAAUGCAAACCUGUCAAAUCCAGUGUCAAGUGGACUCCGGAAUUAAAUAAAGUGUUCUUCGAAAAAUUUGGUUGUUACGUGCGUCGCACCAAUGAUCGACCAUUUCCAGGUCGACUGGAAAUGGAAAAUUUUGCAAAAAGUUACUUUGGAUCAGCCAAUUUUGCCUUCGCUGUGCGAACAAAAAUAAACAACGAGCGGAAAAAGUUCGAUGACAUAAAGAAUAAAAGGUUGAAAGAAAUUGGACUAACUAGUUAA